CAUUUAUUAUUUUCCUUUUCAUUCAUAUUAGGUGAUCCGAUAGAUGUGAGGUGGUAUGUUAGAGUUGUUUUAGUUUGUAUUUCUCUAGUCAAUAUUGAUUUAGAGCAUUUUUCUUUUUGACUAUGGAUAGAUUUGGUUUCUUCAUUUGAAAACUGCCAUUUAUCAUUUAUCAACUGUGGCAUGACUUGUAUUCUUAUAAGGCUCAUUUCUUUACAUAUUUGAGAAAUGAGGCGCAAGACCCUUUCUGUUGCACAGAGUGGCUGUUUAGUGAUGUUAGUCUUUUAACUUUUAGAUAAUGAGGACCUGAGUCUUGAUUUUGGAUAUUUCCCCAGAUCCCUGUUUUCCUCAUAGUUUCUUUUCUCUCGGUUUCUUCUCUUAAAUUCUUUUUUUUUUUUUAAAUCUUAUUCAUCAGAGGCUACCUAAGAGUGAUCCUAUCACCGUCUAUUUCACGAACAUCCUACAAUUCAGUCUUCGUUGAUCAUCCUCAUCCACAAUGAUCCUAGUAUGUAUACAUCAAUGUCUCUCUAAAAUCUUUAGAUGAUUCCUUGUUUUUCUUCCAUUGUCUUUGGUCACUGUCUUUCCAGAGUGUCAAGCCAUAUUUGAGAGUUCUCAUGUGCUCCAAUCACUGGAAACCACUGGAAACCAUUUUCAGUUGCAUCACUUCAUCCCCUUUCUCCCAGAUUGGAGAAGUGGAGAAAUUCAUGAUUUAUUAAUCUCUUUCAGAUGUGGAGACUAGCAAUGCAACCACAGAGGUGACUCCAAAUGAGAAUAUUCCAGAAGAACAAUCAUCCCAGGUUAUGAAAAUAAAAAGUCUCAGAGAGGGCAGUCUUUGCUACUCCAUAUUUUCAGAUUUGGGGAAACACGACAGCCAGAAAAGGAGGCAACAGGGAAAUGAUUUGAGAGAAAUGACUAAACAGCAUAAGAUUCAUCCUAGAGAGAAAUGUUAUAAAUGUAAGGAAUGUGGAAAAGCUUUCAGACAAUGCUCGCACCUUACUGAACAUGAGAAGAUUCAUUCUGGAGAGAAGCCUUACAAAUGUCAUGAAUGUGGGAAAGCCUUCACUCACAACUCGAGCAUUAUACGACAUCAGAGGAUCCAUACAGGAGAGAAACCUUAUGAAUGUAAUGUCUGUGGGAAAGCCUUCAUUCAGAAAUCUGAUCUUAAUGUCCAUCAGAUGAUUCACACUGAAGAAAAGCCUUUCAAAUGUAAUGAAUGUGGGAAAGCAUUCAGUAAAUCCUCAUACUUUAUUCAACAUCAGCUAAUCCAUACUGGGGAGAAACUUUAUAAAUGUCACGAAUGUGGGAAAGAAUUCACUCAGAAUUCUGGCCUUAUUCAACAUCAGAAGAGUCAUACCAGAGAGAAGCCUUACAAGUGUGACGAAUGUGGGAAAGCCUUCUCCAAUACCUCACGCGUUAUUCAGCAUCAAAGAAUUCACACCAGAGAGAAGCCUUAUAAAUGCAAAGCCUGUGGGAAGGCCUUUACUCAGAAUUCGACCCUCACUCAACACCAGAAGAUUCACAAUGGAGAGAAACCUUAUAUAUGUAGUCAUUGUGGCAAAGCUUUCACUCAUAUAUCUGGCCUCAUUCAACAUCAGAGGAUGCACACUGGGGAGAAGUGUUACAAGUGCAAUCAAUGUGGGAAGGCGUUCUUCAAGACCUCCCACGUGACUCAGCACCAGAGGAUUCACACUGGAGAGAAGCCUUAUCAGUGCCAGGAGUGUGGGAAAGCCUUCAUUCAGAACGGAAGCCUCAUUCGGCAUCAGAGGGUUCACACUGGAGAGAAGCCUUAUAAGUGUCACGAUUGUGGGAAAGUUUUCUCUAAUUCUUCCCAUGUGAUUCAACACCGGAGGAUUCAUACUGGAGAGAAGCCUUAUAAAUGUAAGGAGUGUGGGAACGCAUUCACUCAGAAAGGUAGUCUCGUUCGACACCAGAAGGUUCAUGCUGGAGAGAAGCCUUAGUACAAGGUGACUCGUUGACAGGUUAAUGUAGGAUGGGAAGAUUUAUACUGGCCAACAGCCUUCCAGAUGCCAUUAAUGUGGGGAAACAUUGCCUCCAAGAUCAAGCCUUAGUCUACUCGAGAGUAUUCGUACUGGAGAGAAGUCGUGACAAAAGCUACGUUGCAGCUCAUUACUUAUUGAACAUUAGAUAAUUUGUGAUGGAGAGAAGUCUUAUAAUGUGGGAAAAGCUUCAAUUGUUGCUCAUGAUUUAUUGAAAUCCGGUGAUUCCUGCUGUAGAGAAGUCUUACGAAUGCAAUGAAUCUUCAAUUACAAUGCGUAACUUUUUGAAUUUCUGAUGAUUCAUAUCAAGAAAGAAGUUUUUAUCAAUAAAAGGAACAUUGGAAAGUCAUCAGUCAUCGUCCAGACCUUGUUAAGCACUGGGAAAUUCUUACUGCAAAGAAGCCUGUUAGAUGUAGCAAAAGCCUUCUAUUACAAGUUGAUUGUACUUAGCUAUUAGGGGAUUUCUGUUGUAGAGUAGCCUCAAAGUUAAAUUAAUGUAGGAAGGCAUAGAAUAAAUCCUCACACUUUAUUCAACACCAACCAGCUGAUUAAUCCUGAAAAGAAUUCUUAAAUAGGUAGAACAGCCUUCUGUGGUAGUGUGUAGCUAAUAGAACAUCCCCAGAUUCAGUAUUGUGGAGAAUUACAGAUGUGAUGAUCAGAAAGUUUUCUCAGACUACACAAAUCUUACUCAGAAUCAGAGGAAUGGGGCAAAAAGCCCCACCAUGUCUAAUUUAGGUCAUGGGAGCAUAGAAUUAGAGCUAGAAGGGACCUUGGAGGCCAACAAGCCCACUCCCUUCAUUUCAACAAGGAGAAAAUUGAAGUUGUUAGAGGUUGUGUCUUUUGCAGUGUUACCCAGCUUGUAAAUGUAUGAGGUGGGAUUUGAAUGCAGGUCUUCCUUAUUUUGAGUCCAGCACUCUAUCCAGUGCACUCCCUAGCUACCCCAGGCAUCUAUGUUUGCAUUAAAUGUGUUUCUCUGAGCAACAUGAUUAUGUUGCUUUUUGUUACUUAAGCCGUUUUGUAAUGUCUUUACAUUUAAUGCUAGAAUGCAAACUAUUCGUGUUUAUUGAUUUAAUUAAUAAAUUUUAUUUGGCUUCU